AUGAAUUAUACAAAUACCAAUAGGCGUGAGAAGAGGAAAAGACAGGAGGAAAUAAAUAAUGUUAUUCAGAAAAAAAUAAAAAAUUGUAAUAUGUUAAAAUAUUAUCAAAACACAAAACAAAAUGAUUAUGAUUUCUCUUCGUUAAUGACGAAGAAUAUUGGGAUAAAUAAAAAUCAAAAGAUAUUUAUAAAAAAUAUACAUAAAGAUGAAAAUCUAUGUACUUAUGAAAAUGAUAUUGUACAGAAAGAGACACAUCAUUUGAUUAAAAACGAAUAUAAUGAUACAAAAUGUUUGUUAUAUGAUGAAAUGUGCGUAAACCAAAAUGGAAAUAAGAAUAUACAGCUCCUUGUUCAUUUGAAGAAAUACAAAGAAGAAUGUAGUUACCCACAUUUUAUUAGAAAAGGUUUAAAAAGGAAAAAUGAGAAGGAUAUGAAAAUGAUAGAUGAUGAGAAUUACGACAAAAAGAAUAUAUGCAACAAAAAUAUUUAUGAAGAGACACGAUGUGAACAAAAUGAUCAUGUAAAGGAAAAGAAUGAACAAGACGUGAGCAGAUGUAAUGAUAUGAAUAGGUUGAAGGGUUAUAAGAAAAAAGUGGGUCAUCCAAAAAAAAAGAAAACUAAUCACAAAGGUAACAAUAAUAAUGAUGGGGGUAAUAAUGGUGGAUAUAAUAACGAUGGAGAUAAUAAUGGUGAAUAUAAUAACGAUGGAGAUCAUAAUGGUGGAUAUAAUAAUGGUGGAUAUAAUAAUGGUGGAUAUAAUAACGAUGGAGAUAAUAAUGGUGAAUAUAAUAACGAUGGAGAUCAUAAUGGUAGAUAUAAUAAUGGUGGAUAUAAUAACGAUGGAGAUAAUAAUAAUUAUUAUAAUAAUAACCUUUGUAAUAAUAAUUGUGAAGAUAAUAAAGGUCAUUCACACAUGUGGGAAGGAUUAUUAAAGAAAGAUGUGCUUUUAUUAUUAAUUCAAGCAAUUAAAAAUAUGGGAUAUAAAAAAUCUGCUAAAUAUUUAGAACUAGAAAGUGGUAUAGAAUUAGAACAACCAUUAAUAAAAAAAAUGCAUAAAAAUAUUUUAUUAGGGAAAUGGAAAAAUGCUAUCAUAAGUUUAAAAAAAUUAAAUAUAAAUAAAAAAUUAAUAAAAGCUAUAAGCUUUUUAAUAUAUGAACAAUGUUUUAUAGAAUAUUUAUAUGAAGGUAAAUACUUUGCUGCUUUAAGAUGUUUAAGAAAUAAAUUAGAAAAAUGUUGUUUUGAUCAAGAUACAUAUUAUAGGUUACAUCAAUGUACAACCUUUUUCAUGAUAAUAAAUAACAACAAUGAAAAUUAUGAAAAUAAUGAAAAUUAUGAAAAUAAUGAAAAUUAUGAAAAUAAUGAAAAUUAUGAAAAUAAAGAAUAUUAUGAAAAUAAAAAAUAUUAUGAAAAUAAAAAAUAUUAUGAAAAUAAAAAAUAUUAUGCAAAAAAAGAAUAUUAUGAAAAUAAUGAUAAUUAUAAUAAUAAUUUUUAUUAUAAUAUACAGUAUACAUGUAAAGAGAAAUAUAAAAAUUCUCGUAGUAUUUUAUUUGAAAAAAUUAACAGAUUAUUACCUGAACAUAUUAUCAUACCACCAAGACGACUAGCCAUUUUGCUUCAUCAAUCUUUGAAAUAUCAAGUUGAUAAUUGUUUGUUCCAUAAUCAUUUUUCGCAAAAAACAUUAACAAGUAAAAGGACUAUGAAAUGUACAAGAAUCGACAAUCCUAAAUUAUACAAACGAGAUAAGGAAAAGAGAAACAAAUGUAAUAAAUCAGAAUGUAAAAGGAAACAAAGUCAUAUGACGAAAAAUAUAAAAAAAAAAAAAAAUCAUAUGAUAGUUGAGGAUAAUAUAUUUAGAAAAGAAAAAACAAAAAACAAAAAUAAUAAAAAUAAAAUCAAUGAUCCAAUAAAAAUUAGAUGCCCUACCAAUCUAAGUUCAAAUAAUGAACCUACAAAUAAUAAUAAUAUUACAAGUGUCACAACAAAAUGUUUAAGCAACGAAGAUACAUUAAAUGUGUCUAAUAAGGAAAAUACUACUUUUAUGAGUACAUCUAUAUGGAAUAAUGAAAAUGUACACCAAAAUGGUGAACAAUAUAUACAACAAAAUGUACAACCAAAUGUACAACCAAAUGUACAAUCAAAUGUACAAUCAAAUAUACAACCAAAUGUACAAUCAAAUAUACAACCAAAUGUACAACCAAAUGUACAACCAAAUGUACAACCAAAUGUACAACCAAAUGUACAACCAAAUGUACAAUCAAAUAUACAACCAAAUGUACAACCAAAUGAAUAUAAUAUAACUAAUAUUAACUUAUCUUAUGAUAAAUCCAAAAAAAAAUGUUUUAUGACAUACCCUCCAAGUGCAGAAAAAACUCUGAUUCCUCAUAAAUUUAAUAAAGAAGAAGAAUAUCAAGAGGAUGUAUAUAAUGCUAAUACAAGCAACCCCACAUCCUUAGAUAUAUAUAGCAAUUCUACGACAUAUGAGAAUCAAAGGAAGAAAAAAAGAAACAUUAUUAUUAAACAAGAAUGUAAUGAAGAAAUAUCAUCAAAUAAUGAUCAGAAUUAUGUAAUACAAGAACAAAAUAAUGACAUAAUUAUAAAAGAAGGAACAAUAGAAAAUAUAUUGAAAACAUAUGAAGAAGUUAUAAUUACAAAUAAAAAUAUAGAACAUAAUAAUAAUCAUACAGAUAAGGGAAAAAAUGAAGAUAUAAAUAAUCUGAAGAAUGUUGACAAUAAUUUAGUUUCUAAUAAUAAUAAUAGUAAUAUGGAACUAUUAAAUUAUAAAAAUAAAUGUUGUAUAUCCAAUGAAAUACAGCUACAACAAAAUAAUGUAGAUAAUGAAAAAAUGAAUCAAAUGAAGCUAAAUUAUAAUGUGAAAGAUAAAAACAAAUAUAUAAACAAAAAACAAACAAACAAACUAAAUAAUAAUAAUAAUAAUAAUAAUAAUAUUUUCAAAACAUGUAAUCGUGAUAACCCAGAUGAAAUGUGUCAGAGUCGUAAUCAUUUUGAUUGUAAAGAAUAUCAAAGAAAAAUUCAUUGUUGUUACAAACAUAAUGAAUUAUAUUCUUUAUCGCUUUUAAAGAAUCAUGAAUGUAAAAAAAUAAAAUUACCUUAUUAUUGUAUAAAAAUAUUACAAGGACAUAAAGAUGAAGUAUGGUAUGUUAAUGUGUCUCCAAAUGGAAAAUAUAUAGCAUCGUCUAGUAAAGAUAAAAGUAUUUUUUUAUGGAAAGGUAUCUAUCCAUUUAAUAAAAUGAGAGAAUGGAAUGGACAUAUUGAUGGUGUUAGCUAUAUAAUAUGGAGUCAUAAUAGUAAAUAUUUAGUUUCAGGUUCUAACGAUUCAAAUAUAAUUAUAUGGAGUCCAAAAAGUAAUAAAAGAAAAUUAAGUCUAAAUAUGCAUAGUGGUCCUAUUACAUCUAUUUGCUGGUCAAAAGAUGAUUCUAUUAUUGUAUCAUCAGCCUUUGAUAAAAAAAUCUUCUGUACUAAAUUAAAUGAAGAAUUAAAAAGCUUUUCUAUUCUAUAUGCUUGGUCUUUUAGUACUAGAAUACAAAAUUUUGUUUUUACAAAUAAUGAUCAAUAUUUAAUUGUUGUAGCUUCUGAUAAAAAUGUUAGAGUUAUUGAUUAUAACCAAAAAAAGGAAUUAUAUAUAUUACCUGAAUUUGAUACAAUUACAUCUGUAUGUGCAUCUAAAUUGUAUAAUCAUAUCCUAGUUAAUAUAGCAGAUCAAAGACCAACAAUCAAAUUAUGGGAUGUUAAAUAUAGAUAUAUUAUACAAACAUAUAGAGGUCAUAAACAAGGUAGAUUUAUUGUACAUUCUACAUUUGGUGGUAAAAAUGAAGAUUAUGUUAUAAGUGGUAGCGAAGAUAGCCUAAUAUAUAUAUGGCAUAAAACAAAAGGAUAUCUCUUAGAUGUUAUAAAUGGACAUGCAUCUACCGUUAGUAUUGCUAUUUGGCCUUUAUCCUAUUCCAAAUUCCCAUAUAUGAUAUCAGCAUCUGAUGAUCACACCUUGAUGAUUUGGAACGUACACCCUAAAAUUAACAAAAUUAAAAAAGAAAAAAAAAAAGCCAGAAAAAAAUUCAUUCAUCCAUUCUUAAGAGAAUUGACCAAAUAUCAUUCCAUCAAAAAUUGA